AUGGGGGAGAUGGCGGCGUCCCCGGAGAAGAAGGAGAUGGGGGAGAAGGCGGCGACCCCGAAGAAGAAGAAGGAGAAGGGGGAUAAGCCGGCGAACCUGGAGAAGAAGAAGAAGGGGGACGCGGCGGCGACCCCAAAGAAGAAGGAGAAGAAGGGCGGCGAGGCGGCGGAGCCCGGAUCCGGAUCUGGGAAGCAGGAGCCGUCCGGCGAAGCGGGGAAGCCCAAGCCCACGCCCAAGAAGACGAAGCAGCAGGCGUCAGACGGGGCGGCCAAGGAGACUCCCAGCAAGAGGAAGCGCGAUGACGCCGGGGAACCCCAACCCCAGAAGGCGGCCAAGAAAGCUGACAAGGCCACGCCCACCAAGAAGAAGCAGGCCUCCUCCGGCGGCGCUGAGAAGGCCACCACGCCCAGCAAGACACCCCAGAAGGAGGCAAAGAGCGCCAAGAAAAGCCCCGGCAAAGCCGAGAAGGCCACGCCCACCAAGAAGCAGCAGGCCUCCGGCGGGGCGGAGAAGGCCACGCCGAGCAAGAGGAAGCACGGCGAUCUGGAAUCCCCAAAUGCGGCGAAGAGCGGGCAGAAUGGCUCUUCGCCUGCGAAGAAGCAGAAGGGCAAGGCGGCAGGGGCGACGCCGGUGGCCGCCGAGCCGGGCACCUGCAGCUUCCCGAUGGCGCGGGUGCGGCUGCUGAUGCGGGACAAGGACGCCACCAUCCGAUCUAACAAUGAGGCCGUCUUCCUCGUCAACAAGGCCUCGGAGUUAUUCUUGGAGGUAUUUGCCAAGGAUGCUCAUCAGAAUGCCCUGAAGGAACGUAAAAAGUCAAUUACCUACGAGAACCUUUCGACGGCGGUGUGCAAUGAGAAGCGGUACAAGUUUCUAUCAGGCAAGGAUAGGUUGAGUAAGAAACAGAGUUUUAAAUCUGCGUAUGCAACUGAUGCUCUCUUUCCGGGCCAAUUUCUAACUGGUAACCAGACCUUGCUUUCGAAACACGGUGCUUUCAAGUUGGGUUUCGACUGCGUGUUUCCUCGUUGUGGUUAUGAUUAUAGGUUUGGCAUAUGGUAUAUUAAGUCGUCAGCUUGUCGCCCUCUUCUAGUUUGGUCGCCCCUUGGUGAUUCCAUAGACUGUUACCCUUUGUACUCAAGAUUUGGCUUCACAACCUAUGGCAACUUACAACUAUACUGUAAUCCAGUUAACGGUAUAGUAAAUGGAUGGUCUUCAGAUCUGUCUUCAUCACACGUUAUAGAUAGUGAUUCUCUACUCACAGUGCUCCUUGACAAUGGAAAUCUCGUAAUAAGAGAUCCAGUGAACAGUUCACUGGUGAUCUGGCAAAGCUUUGAUAAUCCAAUUGGUACACUGCUGCCUGGAGGAUGGCUGGGAUUUAACAGAAACACGAGCAAGAACGUCUUCCUUAUUCCCCAUGCUUCUGUUAUAUCCUGGAGAAAUGGGGAAGCAGAUGGUGCACCACUCGAGGCGGCGAAUGGUAUAGUUCUGGCUAUGAAUCCAAACCAAGGUGGAGGGUUUAUUGUCAAGGAAAAUUUUCAUGAAAUUUAUCACGGCACUUUCCCCAGCUGGAUGGGGAUACAUGAAGAUGGAGGCAAUUUCUUCCUGUUCAGUGAUGCAAGUGUAUAUGUACAGCUGAAUAAAGAUGGUACUAUUACCGCAGCUAAACUUGGGGAAUGUGGAUCUGUGUUGUGGUCUGCUCAUGCUCCACAUAAUCAUAAGAUUCAUAGUGUUGUUAUUCUGACAGUGAUAGUUGUGUUAACCCUCCUCCUCACUGCUCUAGUUCUUUUGUGGAUAAUUCAGAAGAAGUCGGUUAUGGAUAGACCGGUGAAUUCGAACAGCAGCCUCACGAUCUUCUCGAACAUACAAAUAAAGAAAGCUACCGGAAAUUUCUCGGUAAAGCUUGGAGAAGGAGGCUUUGGCUGUGUUUUCAAGGGAACAUUGCAAGGCUCCACUUUGGUGGCUGUCAAGAAGCUAAAAGACUUUGGACAAGGGGAGAAGCAAUUCCGAGCGGAAGCGCAGACGAUUGGAAUGAUCCAACACAUCAAUGUUGUUCGUUUAUUUGGAUUUUGCGCCGAAGGAAGUAAAAGGCUGCUGGUGUACGAGUACAUGGAGAAUGGAUCUUUGAGUUCUCAUCUGUUUCCGAAAAGCCCGGCAACUUUGGUAUGGGAGCUCCGGUACCGCAUAGCACUCGGAACUGCAAGAGGCUUGGCUUACCUGCAUGAGGGAUGCAUGGAUUGCAUCAUACACUGCGACAUGAAGCCGGACAAUGUACUCCUUGACGCAGAUUUCUGUCCUAAGGUUGCAGACUUCGGUUUGGCCAAACUUCUUGGCCGGGAUUUUAGCAGGGCAUUGACAACGAUGCGUGGGACCAUCGGAUACCUUGCGCCGGAGUGGAUCUCAGGGCUACCGAUCACACAUAAGGCUGAUGUCUACAGCUACGGAAUGAUGCUUCUUGAAAUCGUAUCAGGGCGAAGGAAUGCGGAGAAAAUCAAACAGGGGAGGUUUACUUACUUUCCCAUCUUUGCUGCAGUGAAGGUGAAUGAAGGAGAUGUUAUGUGCCUGCUGGAUAGCAGGUUGGAAGACGAUGUGGAUGUGGAUGUGGAGCAGCUGAUGAGGGUUUGCAGAACUGCAUGCUGGUGCAUUCAAGAUGCUGAAGAUCAUAGGCCGAUGAUGGGGCAAGUUGUUCAGAUGCUACAAGGCGUUCUGGAUGUCCAGGUACCUCCCGUUCCAAGGUCGCUCCAGAAUUGGGUGGAUGCACAUGCCACCGAAAUAUUUAGGACCCACUAA